GACAACAAACGUAUGUAAUAGAAUAUCGAUAGCACUGACACCUCUAGUACCCCAUACAUAAAAGAAAAUUUUUUUCGCCCAAAAAAAAAAUAUAGAAAAGAAAAGAAACAAAUUGAAUUUGUACUUUGAAUUAAUACGUGUUGACCAAAGUUUUGCGUAGCAUAAAGUGGUGCUCUUCAUAUUUCCAUAUUAAUUAGAAUACAUCCAAACAAUUAAGAUGCCGCGAGACUACGACAGAGACUACAACGAAGACACCGCUGCCGACUACAAGCGGAAGCGACGUGACGACGAGGCAGCCGGCGCCGGCAGCGCAGCAGAUGCUCCCGAAGUAGACGGCAGCCACGGCCAUACAACCAGUCACGCCCCUUUGCACGAUACGCCGCAACUGAAUGAGAAAACAAAUGCGUACCUGCAGGAGUGUUUAAUGGAGAAGAAAACACUUGAGAAGAAGAAUAUUAUAACGAAGCGUCUGCUGGACGAUGAGGUCGAGAAGAUCCUGGUAAGUGGUCGCAUUCCAAAACCCGAGAUUUACGCGAAUGUCUACAGCGAGAAGCCAAUUAGGGUGGCUCAGAAAGUGCUCUUCCCCAUCAAAGAGUAUCCGAAAUUCAAUUUCGUUGGCAAGAUACUGGGUCCCAAAGGCAAUACACUACGACAGCUGCAAGAGGAGACAAUGUGCAAGAUGGUCGUCAUGGGCCGGAAUUCGAUGCGGGAUCAUGGCAAGGAGGAGGAGCUGCGCAGCUCGGGUAAUCCAAAAUAUGCACAUCUCAGCAGAGAUCUGCAUGUGGAGAUAUCAACGGUAGCACCGCCAGCCGAAGCAUAUCAUCGCCUGGGAUAUGCUCUAUGUGAAAUACGGAAAUUCAUGAUUCCGGAUGCAAACGAUGACAUUCGUCUGGAGCAACUACGCGAAAUGGACGGCAAGGAGCGUAUGUAUAAGAAAUCUCAUCACUACUCCAAGUCAUACGGUGAACACGGCGCCUACAGCACUCGCACACCACCGCCAACCACAUCCAAGCCCAAGGUGUAUUCGAUUCUGGAAAAGGCGCGAUACGUCAUGGACGAUCCGAAUUAUGGGAUUGUUAAAGCUCACAGAUCGAGGGAUCAUGAACUGUACGAUCACCAUGGGGAGUAUGAUCGAUAUGCGACUCCGCCGCCGCCGCAAUCGUCGAAGCACUCCAGUCAUCAUGCCCAGUACGACAGUAGCUCGUACGAGCGGGAUUACCGCCGUGAGUAUCAUCCGCACUCGUCUUCCUCAACAUACGCAGCGGCCUACACAGCAAAACCAAGCAACGGUCGUUCUUCAUCGUCAUAUAGACCAACGACAUCGGGCUCGGGAUCACAUUCAUCGGCUCACUAUGAAACUGGAUCACGUUCUCGUGAAAGCGUCCGUUAUCGCUCGGCUCCAUAUCCAAAAAUGCGCUAAUUUACAUACUGUAUUUCAUAAUAAACCAACCAACAGUUAGCCUAUCCACCUACGAGAGCAACAAAGAAAAUUCCAUUAAAAAAAAAAACAGAAAAAAAAAUAAGAAAAACAGUCAACAACAAAUAUUAAAAUGUUUAAAGUCCAAUAAUCCAACCUAUAAUACAUCAAAUCUAUGCAUACACUUACUUAACUUAUAAAUAUCUACUAUAAUCUAAAUCCAAAAUGAAAAUGCAAAAACCUAUUUUAUAGUAAUUGAUGUUCAAAAUAUUUUAUUUGUGUUAAUCCCAAACAAAGAAAAAACAAAACAAACCCACAAACAGUAAAUAUAAUAAUGCAACAAAGAAGAAUGCAAAAAAAAAAAGCAAUUAAAAAACAAAAGAAUAAGAAAAGGAAAGUUAAAAGUAUUUGUAAAAACAACGUAAAAUGCAAUUCACAUAAUCAGUUAAAUCGUAGGCGAAAGACAGAACAAAAACAUUAUACACAUGCCCCCCCAUAUGAAAUCAAAAUAAACCCCAUAGAUAUUCUAAUAAAAUGUUAGCGUAAGUUUUGGAAUUAUUUUUCAAAUAAGUUUACGAACAUAAACAAUAAACAAUUUAACGCAAAAAUAACAGAAACGCCCAACGACAAAGUAAGUAUGUAACGGCUUUAAUAAACAAAAUAAACAAUUUAAAGGAAAAUGCAAAUUUUAACUUUCCCGGCUUCGUUGUUAUUCAGAGCGUUCAACGUUGUACAAAAAAAAAAAAACAAAAAAUAAAAAUAAA